AUGGCUGCGGCGAGUCCCAAGAUGGACGAGCUGGUCAUUUUGGACUACCAGGCUCUGGUCGAUGGCAAGGACCAUAAGGCGGAAGUGGCCCGGGCCUUCGGACCAGGCGGCCUGGGCAUCUGUGGGGUGCGCGGCGUGCCUGGACUGCAGGAGCUGCGGAAGAAGCUCCUCCCGCUCUCCCGGCGCUUGGCGCAGUUGCCGAAGGACGUUCUGGAGAAGUAUGAGCGGGCCGACGCUCACUACUGCGUGGGCUGGAGCCAUGGCCGCGAGAAGUUCAAAGGCAAGGCAGACCUGGCGAAGGGCAGCUUCUUCGCGAACCCGCUUUGGGACGACCCGGCAGAAGGCAAUGAGGAGGUGCGCACCAAGUACCCCUUUGCAGCGAGCCUUGGCGUGAGCCUGCAGCUGGAGCCGAAGGAGCCAACGCUGGGCAUCCUCACCUCCCCCGUUCCAUUGGGCUCUCGGGUCUCCUCUUCUUCCCAGGACCAGCCAAUGGUCCAGCAGCAGUUUGACGUAGCCGCCGCCAUUGACCACUUCUUUGGCGUCAAUGCUGGCAAGCUGCUAUACCAGAGCGUGGCGUCUGAGCUGGGCUUCUCCGCCUCAUUGGUCCAGCCCGCCAGUGGCACGCGAACGAUUGGAGCUCUGCGGCUGCUCCGGGGGCCAUUUUCGAAAAUGAUCGCAACAUUCUUGCUUCUCUGCAUGCACGGAUAUCCUGGGCGCGCGAGAAACGCGGGUCGCACAGCAUCUCUUCAGUGCCACUUGGUGAAACUGUGUCGGAACUGCCCUGAUUGA